AUGGCUCAUAAUACCUCGCCUAAUGGUAUUAAUAAUAACAACCGGCGAAUAUCAUCAAUGCUUGCGCCAACAAACAACCAAAUGACACAGAAUCCAUACGACGUUGAACUCAUGCAAUUAAUGGAACAAGAACGUCAAUCAGUUGCAGCUCAACAACAAUUACAAAGAGCAAAUAUGGCUGCCAAACAACAACAACAACAACAAUAUCAAUAUUUGCCAUACACCAAUGAAAUGUAUUCAGAUGUACAAUCUCAAUCUGCUGCUCAAAUUAAUCGACGUAUUUUGCCAACUAGCAAACCUCUUCGAAUUAUAAUUAUUCGUCAUGCUGAACGAGCUGAUGCUGUAUUAGGAUCGGACUGGUCAAAGAAAAGCUUUGAUCGAGCUGGUCGUUAUAUACGAUUUAGUGAACAUUUACCUGAUUCAUUACCAACUCGUUCUUAUUUACAUCAUUAUGUCAUUGAUGUACCAUUGACAAAUCGUGGUCGUAUGCAUGCUUUCAAAACAGGUAAAGCAUUACUAUUCAAUGGAUAUGUCGCAGAUAUUUGUUAUACAAGUCCAUCGUUACGAUGCGUUCAAAGUGCCGACGGUAUUUUGAAUGGUAUGAAUAGAAAAAAUGUACCCAUGCAAUUAGAACCAGGAUUAUUUGAAUGUUAUUUAAAUGAUUUUAAACGUACAUUAUGUUUUAUGACUAAAGAUGAAUUGGCAGCAAAUGGAUAUAACAUUGAGAAAUCUUAUCAAUCAUUGAUGCCGUUUAUGCGUCCACAUGAUAGUCAACUUGACUAUUACGAACGAUGUCGAGGAAUUAUGGAUGUUAUAACUGAACGACAUCAAGCUACUGGUGGCACUGUUUUAAUUGUAGCACAUGCUCCAAGCCUUGAAGGUCUAACAAGACAUUUAUCUGGUGGUAAACUUCAACCAGAAAAAUUAUUUGAUAUUGCUCGUCGAGUUCCAUUUCUGGCGAUGACAAUAGUAGAAAAAAAUGGUAUAGAUCGUCCAUGGCUAUUUCGUACACAACCACUACAAACAAGUACAACACAAUCGAUGCUUGAAGUUGCAUUAGAAUUAGCUAAGCCACCAACACCAGUGCCUGCAGCUAUUCCUCCUCAUCAUCAUCCAGUACCUCAACUCAAACAACUACCAAUACCACCACCACCACCGGCUCCACCAUCAUCAAUUAAAAUGAUUCCAGCUCAAUCACAACAAGAACAAGAUCAACAACGACUUCAACAAACUCAAAAUUUACGUAUUCGAGUACCUACAGGUCCAAUCCCAAUGGAUCCAAAAAAAGUUGUUAAAAGUUCAACAGCUCCUAAUUUACCAACAAGCAAUUCCCUAAGUGAAAUGUUUCGUGUUAUUUAA